AUGGCUGAGGAGAGCCUGCAGGCUUCCAGCACUCCUUUCUCCCUCUCCUUCUCGGGCAGCGGCUUCCUCGUCCUCUACCAGGUCGGGGUGGUGCAGUCCCUCCUGGAGCUGGCUCCUGAGCUCCUCAAGUCUGCCUGCAAAGUCUACGGCUCCUCUGCCGGCUCGCUGAUCGCUGCCGCCGUGGUGUGCGGCGUCGGCCUGGAUGACCUGAAGGAGUUUUUCUUCGCCAUGGCCAAGGAGGUGAGGAAGACCCCCCUGGGGCCGCUGUCGCCGCGCUGCAGCCUGCUGGCCAACAUCAAGGCGGUGCUGCAGAGGAUGCUGCCGGAGGACUCCUACCGCCUGGCCUCGGGGCGCCUGCACAUCUCCCUGACGCGGGUGGCCGACGGCCAGAACGUGAUGGUCUCCGACUUCAGCUCCAAAGAGGAACUCAUCCAGGCUCUGCUCUGCAGCUGCUUUCUUCCUAUCUACUGUGGCUUCAUCCCUCCCUCCUACCGGGGUGUGAGGUACGUGGAUGGAGGAUUCACUGGCCUGCAGCCCGUGUCCAGCCUGGAGGAGGCUGUGAUCACCGUGUCCCCCUUCACAGGAGAGCUGGACAUCUGCCCCCGGGACUGCCCUGCCAUCUUCUUCUGCUUCCAGAUCUUCAACGGCAGCAUCCAGAUCUCCAUAGAGAACCUCUGCAGGAUCAGCUAUGCUCUCUUCCCACCCAGCACCAUGGUGCUGAAUGACAUUUUCUCCCAGGGGUACCAGGACACUGCCCUCUUCCUCUACAGGAACAGUAAGUAUGCCUUUGGCUUCAACUACUCCGAUGGCAAUUUCCGCUUCGCCACCAUGAUCGGGAGGAGUGACCCUGCCCCUGCCAGCAGGGCAGCCCCUGGCCCCUGCAAGAGGGUGCCACAGUGCCUGGCUCCUUGCUUCCUGCCAGGCCUGGCCCUGUGGAGGAAGGAGCAGCUGAGUGGGCUGCAGGAUCCACUCUCCAGGGUCCUGCUGCAGCCCUACAGGCUGCCUGCGGUGCUCAGGAAGGGGUAA